AUGGCUCUAGGGAGCUCUUGGGUUGGAUUUUAUAUCGGGCUGCUCUUCUCUUUGCUGGAACUCUGGUUUAUAGAAGGGCUGAGCUUGGACCCCAUUUACUGGAACACCUCCAACAAAAAGUUCCAGAACGAGGGCGGCUACGUCUUGUACCCCCAGAUCGGCGACCGCCUGGACCUCAUCUGCCCACGCUCGGUGCCACUGGGCCAGUUCUCCACCGAGGACUACGAGUAUUACAAGCUCUACCUGGUCCAGACGGAGCAGGCGGAGCGCUGCGAGAUCCUGCGCACCCCCAACCUGCUGCUGACCUGCGACCGGCCUGAGCAAGACAUGCGCUUCACCAUCAAGUUCCAGGAGUACAGCCCCAACCUCUGGGGUCACGAGUUCAAGACCAACCAGGACUAUUACAUUAUUACGACGUCCGACGGCACCAACGAAGGGCUGGAGAACAUGAAGGGGGGUGCCUGCCUGUCAAAAGGCAUGAAAGUGGUCUUGAAAGUUGGCCAGCAUCCCAACACGGGCUCGAAAUCCCAGAAGUCAGUUCCAGACACGCCCGCUGAGAAGGAGCGAGGGACUUCAGGUGCUGCCGAGCCCAGCAAGGAGAUGAACCCAGGACCCCCGACAGGAAACACCACGGGCAAGGUAGGGGGAGAGAACGGCCCCCUGCCUCAGUCCAACGUGCCGAUCAUCGCUGGGGCCGCCGGGGGAGCCGCCUUCGUCCUGCUGGUGGCAGCCGCUGUGACGGGAGCCCUGUGUUAUCGCCGCCGGCAGGCCAAGCACAGCGAGUCGCACCACCCGCCUUUGUCGCUCAGCACCCUGACCAGCCCCAAGAGGGGGGGCGGGGGCAGCGGGGGCAACAACAACGGCUCCGAGCCCAGCGACAUCAUCAUCCCGCUCAGGACUUCAGACAGCGCCUUCUGCCCCCACUACGAGAAGGUGAGCGGGGACUACGGCCACCCCGUCUACAUCGUCCAGGAGAUGCCGCCGCAGAGUCCGGCCAACAUCUACUACAAAGUAUGAGCGGGAGGGGGCAGCCGAGCGCCCUCCGCUUGUAUCGCCAACCCCGAGGUGGGGAGGGGAGAACUCAGCACUGCUGGGGUGGACGGGACGAGCCACCCCGCAUCCCUCCCCUCUUGCCCCAGACGCUUGACAACGGGGUCAGUGCCUGAGCCGUCCUCCAGAAAUCAGGGGGGUUACUGGGACACGGAUCAUUUUCUCCCAGCGAUCGUCCCCUUUCACCGGAUUGUGGCCUGGCUAGGAUUGACAGAACAAGGAAUCCAACCUCCCCACUU